AUGAAGGUUCCCAGGGCGACAGGAAUUCUCUCGGUGGUGCUUGCAUCGCUCUCAUUUCUUAAUUUUGUGCUAAAGUCGUACACUUAUUUUGUGCUUAUUGUUGCGUCUGCAAGACACAAUGGAGGUGGACCCCCAGUGGUUCAUUCUGGCGAAGGCGGAGAGGCGAAUGGACAAACUUCAAUGCUGUCCAGUUCCGGAACGAUCACGCAAGAAACUGGUGACGAGGCCCACCCACACCUGAUGUUUGUACCGCUCCUAACUUUCAUCCCCACAAGAUCUCCUGUGUUGAGUAGACCGUGGGUCUUUCUCACCAGUGGGUUGGUAGAAGAUAUCGGGAUCUGGUUUAUUUCGAGUCUAGUACUCAUAUUCUAUCUUGGGAAGUAUAUCGAGAACUUGUGGGGGUCACGAGAACUCACCAAGUUUGUGAUAUUUGUGGUGGUGAUAACCAAUGUUCUUGUAUAUAUAUUCUAUGGAUUGAAAGUAUGCUGUAUAUCCUCCCAUGAUUAUGUACCUCCUUUGGUACAGGGAGUUAUGCCCAUUGUGAUGGGGCUAUUUGUUGCUGUGAAACAAAGAAUUGCUAACCAUUACAUCAUUUUAUUCCAGGGGAACGUCCGUAUAAAGGUCACAUACAUCCCAUUCUUGACCUUGGUGUUCACCUAUGCCCUUCUGUACCUUGAUCUGGACGUAAAUAUCAUCUUCACUCAUUCAUUGGCAUCAUUUGUGGUAAGCUGGACUUAUUUGAGAUUCUUCAAAGUUGGAACAAAUGAAAGACAAUCCUAUUUACUCCCAUUUGCAUUGAGUAGGAAACGUUCAUCCAGAUUAAAACGGCAAAAUGUUUCCGAGAAGUUGGUGAACAAAGUACCUUCCUCUACAAACGGUUCACAAAUGAGUGAAAUCUCUUUAGAUCUUGAUUCAACUUCAACAAAGGGAGAUCGAUCUUUACAAUUUUCAUUCUAUACAUUUUUCCCCUAUCCACUCUCGUCAUUUAUUAAAAUUGUAUGCAAUUUGAUAUUCCAAGUCCCAGUGAAAUAUAAAUUACUAGAUCCAAAUGAUUUCCCAGACUACGAUGAAGAAGAUGGAGAUGAUUAUUCCUAUGAAGAUGUCAAUAACCUUCAAUCGGGAUUGUUCGACUUGUCUCCGUUGAAGGGGGUCGAGGACGUUUCCACGCUUCCUCUCGCCAAAUCCAAGAUAGAAAACUUUUUGUCUUGGAUAUCAGGUAAUUCCAAACCAAUUCUGCAACUGGGUUUGAAAUAUAAUAUGGAUCAAAGAAGAAAGUUGGCGCUUAAAGAAUUGGAUUAA